CGGAGUGUGAAAUGAGAUGUAGUCGCUCUGAGGUGGUGGGAGUUGAUCUCACCUUCUGGAGAACUUUGGAUUUCAGAAUCCGUGGGUUUUAGUUUUACACAACAGUUUUUCUUGGGACGUGUUCAGUCAAGGUUGCAAGGAAUGUGCUUUCCCAUACCUGUUUGAUUGCAAAAUUGUGAAUAUUGGUCUCUCUACUCUGCCAUUUUCUGGCCCGGAGUUUAGCUCUCCUGAUCCUCCCCAUCGCUCUCUAUCUCUCAUUUUUCUACAUCCAUUUGAUUUUGCUGUGCCGAUCCGGCCCCCACGAUCAAAUCAUGAGCAGCGCCUUUCAAGCUAGUUUAGAGGGAGGUCUUUCUCGUAUCACUCAGGGGCAGCCCUUGGAAGUGGCUUAUGGUUCCCAGAUUACUUUGAGGAAUAUCUUGGGGAAACCGUUACCGUGUUGGCUUCACUCCCACCGGAAUACCUACCCCAUCAGAUAUGAAAACGGGCGGGGCAGUUCCCAUCAGCAACAGGUGACCUGCUAUCCUUUUAAGGAUGUGAAUAACUGGUGGAUCAUCAAGGAUCCUGGAAG